AUGGAGGUCGAAUCUGCUCUUCACACAUGCAAAGUUCACCAAUCUCGUGCCACAACCAGCAGGCUUCAUAUUUUCUUCCACUUGGCAGCCAUAUCCUUCUUGCUUUACUAUCGCCUUACAAAUCUUUUCCACCAAAAUAACCCACUACUGUCCUUUGCAUGGGCUCUCAUCACUGUCUCCGAGUUCAUCCUCGCUUUCAUUUGGACCCUCACUCAAGCUUUUCGUUGGCUCCCAGUGUCUCGGACGGUGUCCGUCGAAAAAAUUCCCAGUGAUGUUAGACUACCAGGAAUUGAUGUGUUUGUAUGCACGGCUGACCCCCAAAAGGAGCCGGCUGUGGAGGUGAUGAACACUGUUAUAUCGGCCUUGGCACUUGAUUAUCCAACGGAGAAAUUGUCUGUGUAUCUUUCGGAUGAUGGGGGUUCUUAUGUAAGCUUGUAUGCUAUAAAAGAAGCAUUUGAAUUUGCUAAGAGUUGGGUUCCCUUUUGCAAGGAAUAUGGAAUCAAAACUAGGUGUCCUGAGGCUUAUUUCUCGAUGCUAGCUGAUGAUGAGAGGCUUUUUUGGAGUGAUGAAUUCAAGGUCCAGGAGGAGGAGAUUAAGACAAAAUAUGAAAAUUUCAAGAGCAAUGUGGAGAAAGUAGGUGAAAAAUACGAAAACAAUUGCGUGUCGAUGGAUCGACCCCCUUAUGUUGAGAUAAUACAUGACAAAAGAAACGAUAAUUUCGAGUCCAAAGAUGAAGAAACCAAGAUGCCUCGCCUUGUCUACGUCUCACGUGAAAGAAGACCAUCCUUUCCUCAUCGUUUCAAAGCUGGAGCUCUCAACACCCUUCUCCGAGUUUCCGGGAUAAUCAGCAAUGCUCCCUACAUUUUGGUUCUGGACUGUGACAUGGUCUGUAAUGACCCAAACUCUGCAAAACAAGCAAUGUGCUUUCAUCUUGAUCCCCAGAUGUCGCACUCUCUGGCUUUUGUUCAAUACCCCCAAGUUUUCUACAAUGUCAGCAAGAAUGACAUCUACGAUGGGCAAUCUAGGUCAGCUUACAAGACGAAAUGGCAAGGUAUGGAUGGUCUAAGAGGACCAUUACUGUCAGGCACUGGCUUUUACAUGAAGAGAAAUGCAUUAUUCGGAAGUCCAAAUCAAGAGGAUAAGUUUCUUGCUGAGCCUGAAAAGAACUUUGGUACUUCCAACAAGCUCAUAGAUUCACUGAGGCCUAACAAAGAACAAGAUGUCACUAGGCAAGAAGAUUCAUCAGAAUCUACAGUGGAAGAGGCCAAGCGUUUGGCCUCUUGUUCGUAUGAACAAAACACACAAUGGGGCAAAGAGGUUGGGUUCUCGUAUGAUUGCUUGUUGGAGAGUACAUUCACAGGAUAUCUAUUGCACUGCAAAGGAUGGAAGUCGGUCUAUCUUUAUCCAGAAAGGCCAUGUUUCUUGGGCUGCACAACCAUUGACAUGAAGGAUGCAAUGGUACAGCUCAUGAAGUGGAGUUCAGAAUUGAUCAAAGUAGCUCUCUCCAAAUUCAGUCCUCUCACUUAUGGGAUGUCAAGAAUGUCCUUUUUACAGAGUAUGUGCUAUGGAUACUUCACAUUCCAGCCCCUUCUUUCUGUGGCUCUUCUCUUGUAUGGCAUAGUUCCCCAAUUAUGCCUCUUGACUGGCACUACCUUGUACCCCAAGGUUUCAAGUCCAUGGUUUGCAGCGUUUUUGACUCUGUAUUUCUCCUCCCUUUGUCAUCAUGUAUAUGAUGUCCUCUCAACCGGUGGCACACUUAGAACUGUUUGGAAUGAACAAAGAAUUUGGAUAAUUAAAUCAGUUUCUGGAAGCCUAUUUGGGUGCUUAGACAUGGUGAUGAAGCGGAUUGGCGUAAAGAAAGCAAAUCCAAGAUUAACUAACAAGGCUGUGGACAAAGAGAGGCUUGAGAAAUAUGAAAAGGGUGUAUUCGAUUUCGAGGGAGCCAAAAUGUUUACAGCUCCGUUGGCAAUCUUGGCAUGGCUAAACAUAGUUUGCUUCUUCGGUGGGGUGAUUAGAGUGAGCCUUCAAAAUAAUAUUGACCAGAUGUUUGGGCAGCUCUUCCUCUCCUCUAUAAAUUUGAUCCUCAGUUUACCAAUACUAGGAGGGAUGAUUGCAGGAAAGAACAAAUAA